AUGAUAUCGCAGUACAUCGACCGAAACCAUCGCAAUUGGGAUGAGCGCAUCCCCGAACUCCAGUUUGCCUACAAUACGCCUCACCAUGAAGCCACGGGCUAUACCCCCGCGUAUCUAAUUUUCGGCCGCGAACCGACCUCCCCACUCAACCGAGCGACCGCUCCGAGUACCAACGCCGCUCCGCCCGACGAAACACGACGGCACCUCGAAGAAGCCUACGAGCUCGUACGGAUACAUUUGGCGCGCGCUUUUCAGAAGCAGGAAAAACAUUACAAUCUACGACGCCGUCAAUGGGCACCAAAAAUCGGGGAGUGGGUAUGGAAACGCGAAUGUCCACUCUCCAAUAAAGCAGCCGCGUUCAACGCGAAACUCGCGCCAAAAUUUCGGGGCCCCCUCGAGGUGCGCAAAAUUAUUUCCUCCGUAAUAGUAGACCUGCGCGAUAAGAGCUGCAAGUGGAUACGUCAUAUCCACGUCCAAGACUUAAAAUCGGUCCCCUCUCCUGCGACCGAAAACAAGGACAACGAGAGCGACGCCGACGCCGACACCGACGCCGGCAAAAACAACGAUCAUAACAUCGAGGCUAACAGCAAUACCGACACAGAAACUGGCAACGAUGACAAAACGAAUGCGGAGGACGAUGACAACAAUAACGAAGCAGAUUCGGAGGACGACGACGAAGCCAAAGUUUAG